AUGUCAAACGGCAAGAUGUCCAGUAAUGUCCCGGCGGAUAUGAUAAACUUGCGCCUCAUCUUGGUAAGCGGGAAAACGAAAGAGUUCCUAUUUUCUCCUAAUGAUUCUGCUUCUGACAUCGCAAAGCACGUGUAUGACAACUGGCCGAUGGACUGGGAAGAAGAGCAGGUUAGCAGUCCAAAUAUUCUACGCCUUAUUUAUCAAGGACGAUUUCUGCACGGAAAUGUCACAUUAGGAGCACUAAAGCUUCCUUUUGGCAAAACAACAGUGAUGCAUUUGGUGGCCAGAGAGACCUUGCCAGAGCCAAAUUCCCAAGGUCAGAGGAAUCGUGAAAAGACUGGAGAGAGUAACUGUUGUGUCAUCCUGUAA